AAAAGGUCGACUCAUUUACUGACCAACGCAUUCAGUUCCUCGUCAGUAAAUAUUGGUUUGUCCGGUUCGAGAGGUUCUUCGCCUUCUGGCUCUGGAGUUUCUGUAAUAGAAUUCUGAUAGAAGCGAUUGAGGCACAAUGAAGCAGCAAACAUUCGUUGGACCAAUUAUUCAUACAAAUAAUAAUGGGGAAUUGAUUCUUCUGGACCAAGCCGCUGUAGUAGUUCAGAAUGGAGAGAUAAAAAACGUACUUCCAAAUCCGAAGCCAGGAGAUUUGACGAUUGCACCAAUCACUCGUUUGGGUCAAGGGCAAUUUUUAAUUCCCGGUUUUGUGGAUUGUCAUUUUCAUGCCGUCCAAAUUUCCAAUCUUGGGUUGGGAUACGAUAGCCCACUUUUGGAGUGGCUUGAAAAGUAUACUUUCCCAGUGGAGAAAAAAUUCUCGGAUAACGAAUUUGCUGAAAAAGCAUUCGAUGCAGUUGUGAAAAGAACUCUGGCAAUGGGAACGACGACCAUUUGUUAUUUUGCAUCUCUUUAUAGAGAAGCUUGUAUAAUUCUUGCGGAAAAAGUACUAAAAUAUGGACAGCGAGCUUUUAUUGGUAAAUUAAACAUGAAUAUAGCUCGAGAUGAUGGAUACUUCGAAAAUACUGAAAACUCUUUUACGAAUACUCUCCAAUUCAUCGAAGAUAUAACAAAACUUGGGUCUCCUCUCAUUAAGCCGAUAUUAACUCCAAGAUUUGCAUUGAGCUGUGAUAUGGAACUCAUGAAGAAAUUAGGGAAGUUGGCAACAUCUAUGGACCUUCCUGUCCAGACACACAUAUCUGAAAAUGUCGAAGAGGUGAAAGCAGUUGCUAAUUUUUUUGAAACUAUUUCGUCAUAUGCGGCCGUUUAUGAUGCUGCUGGCCUUCUCACGAAAAAGACCAUAUUAGCUCAUGGAAUUUACCUAACAGAUGAUGAACUUAAUAUUCUGAAAGAACGUGGUUCAUCCGUUAUCCAUUGUGCAUCUUCAAAUGCUUCUAUAAAAAGUGGAAUAUGUGAUGUUCAAAAAUUAAAAACAAAAGGCAUCAAAGUUGGACUUGGCACAGAUGUUUCAGGGGGAAAAAGUUUGUCGAUUUUAGAUGAGAUGAGAUCUGCACUUGUAGCUACAAAUGAUCUUUCCUUCAUGAAAUCUAAUUAUCACACUCUUGAUUAUAAAGACGUAUUUCAUAUGGCAACACUUGGUGGUGCUGCUUGCCUAUCCUUGGAUGAUAAAAUUGGAAGUUUUGAACCUGGAAAACAAUUCGAUGCCAUAGUUGUCGAUGUAAAUAGUCCAGACAGCACUUUAGAUAAUUUAGUUAACUAUACUCUCCUCGAACAAUUCCAGCGAUUUAUUUAUUCUGGUGAUGAUCGCAAUAUUGUCGAAGUAUUUUCCGAAGGUUAUCCUAGGGAUAACCCAAUAAAUAUCCUGCAAGGAGGAAAUUGGGAUGUUCCUAUGACAUCUGGGAUGUAUAUGGGAAGUUUCUGGGAUAUUUAAUUGUCUCGCAAGCAAGAUAUAUGAAUAAAAGUUAUCGGUUAUCUUAUGGAUAACCUAUUAGAUAGCCUGCAAGGCGGAAAUUGCAAUAUCCCCAAGAUAUCUGGGAUAUCUAUGGGAAGUUUCUGGGAUAUUUAAAUAUCCCGCUACCAGGAUAUAUAAACAAAUUUAAUAUCUAACGGAUAUCCUUCAAGGCGGACAUUGAGAUAUCCCUAGGAUAUCCGGGAAGUUUCUAAGUUAUUUAAAUGUCCUUCAAGCAGGAUAUAGAAAAAAAAUGUAAUAACCGACGGAUAUCCUGCAAUGCGGAAAUUGGGAUAUCCCUAGGACAUAUGGGAUGUAUGUGGAAAGUUUCUGGGAUAUUUAUGUCUCGCAAGCAGGAUAUACGAAAAAAAUUAAAUAUCCGACGGAUUAUCCUAGGGAUAACCCAUCGGAUAUUCUACAAGGCGGAAAUUGGGAUAUCCCCAGGAUAUCUGGAAUAUCUAUGGGACGUUUCUGGGUUAUUUUGAUGUCUCGCAAGCAGGAUAUAUAAAAAAUUAAUAUCUGACGGAUAUCCCUGACACAACCUGGGAGACUACAGUUUCUUUCAUCAAAAAUAAGCAAUUUUAUACAAAAAACUUAUUUUUUGGUUUUGUUGGCUCUUUUGCUUCUCGAACUAGGUCAUCCAAAUGUAGAGC